GCUCCUCCCACCUCCCUUCCUCGUGGGCCCCACGCACUGUCCAUCUCCAUCUUCCUCACCUCGGCCACGGAGGCUCCGUCGCCGCCGCCGCCGCCGCGGCCCCGCAGCUAAGGCACGCCCCCCCUGGCGAUAGGGGAUCCAUCGCCGCCGGCCUCGUUGAGCACCUCGCCGGCAGUCAGGCCUUCUUCCACCGUCAGUCGCCACAUUGAAUUCUGCGCUCGUAGUCGUCGACGCCCACCUCCCCUCCGCCGCCGCCAGCAGGACGUGCUGCCGCCUGGAGCCCGCUCCGCCACCUUGAACCCGCGCUGCCUCCUGGUGCCCGCGCCGACUGGAGCUCGCGCUGCUGCCUGGAUGCUGGAGGCAAGAGAUACUGAUUACUGAACUUAGAGGCUGCUUCAUAGAGAAGAAUUGCUGCACCUGCAUGGUCUGCACUAGUCACCCACACAGUGAUCUACUUCGCUUCUGACCUGGCAUACCAUAGGUUCUAUUUGCAUCAGAGAUAAUAAACUGAUCCAAGGUGUUCAUAUACUUUUGAGAUGGUUUUGAAAAAGGCCUAGCCUUGUGUGGAUAACAUUUGGUGUGGAGGCUAUUGAUUCUUGGAACCAAUUCGGUAAUCAGUACGAUGGAGUGCAACAGAGAAGAGGCCUUGAAGGCCAGGGAAAUUGCUCUUAAGAAGUUGGAAAACAGAGACUUCGUUGGUGCUAAAAGAAUUGCUCUUAAAGCACAAAGAAUUUUUCCAGAGGUCGAGAACAUAUCCCAGGUGUUAACUGUCUGUGAAGUACAUUGUGCUGCAGAAUCAAAGAUAAAUGGAAUGUUGGACUUCUACGGAAUUCUCCAAGCGGAGGAGACAGCGGAUGAGAUGACCAUAAAAAAGAAAUAUCGUAAGCUUGUCCUCUCACUUCACCCUGAUAAAAACAGUUACGCUGGUGCAGAAUCUGCUUUCAAAUUAGUUGCAGAAGCAUACUCAACAUUAUCCGAUCGAGCAAAACGAUAUGCAUAUGAUAUCAAAUGGAGGGUUAGCUCUAGAAUUGCACCAAAGCGGGCUACAAAACCAACUCAGGCUGCAGAACCAACAAAGGGUACACAACCAAAACAGGCUGCAGAACCAACAAAGGGUACACAACCAAAACAGGCUGCAAAACCAAAGCAGGCUGCAAAACCAAAGCAGGCUACACAACCAAAGCAGGCUACGCAGCCAAUGCAGGCUACAGAAUCAAAGCAGACCAGUCAAUCAAAGCAGGCUACAGAACCAAUGAAGACUACAGAGCCGAUUAAGAAAAAUGAUGCAAAUAGAAGUAGCGUGGCAGGAUAUGGACAAUCAGAUCCAUCAUCUACUGAUGCGUGGACAUUCUGGACCAUAUGCAUCCACUGUAAAAUAAAGUAUAAGUACUACCAUGACAUCCUGAAUCGUCAGAUCCGCUGUCAGAACUGCAGGGAAACUUUUGUUGCAUAUAAGAUAAAUACACAGGAUGUGCCUUCUGUGUUAUCAUCAAAAGCAGCCAAUGGUGCUGGACAACAGGGCAGUGUUCCCACUCAACAAGGCUGUUCUAGAAUAUUCUCUUCUCCUAGAGAGAACAAGCACGUGAGGCCUGGGAUGAAUGGAGCACAACAUGAUGAACAAAUGAAGAGGGGUGCAAAACCAGGUGGUGAGGGGAUGGUUAAUCAUACAGAAACAUACAGAAAAGUGGGAGUUGAAUUUUCCUCUAGGAAUCCGACUAAAGCUUCUGCACCUCAUGCAAAUGAUAAAGCAGAUGGAAGGAUGACAUCUGACAUUGCCAAACCAGAUGUUGGUGACAGGCAAAACCUAGGUACUGGGAUGGAUACAUCAGCAGAGCCAGGUGCUGCAGGAAUCCCUAGUCCACGAAGAUCUUCUAGGAAAAAGGCAUCUGCUGAUGCCAACGACAUCCUGAAUUCUCCAAGGAAAAAGAGACGGACACUGAAAGAUUGGUUCUCAAAUGUGGAUUCCAGUUCAAAUAAAAUGUUUGAUGAUAAUGUUGCCCAUGCUGAGGGACAUGCUAGUGAACCUCGUGUCUCCAGCAAAACAAACAACCAAGAGAAAGAAAGUACCAGCAAUGAAGGCAAUCAAAGAAACAAUAAAGAAGAAUUUACUCAUGAUACAACUGCUGAGAAGCCUUGCAAUGCUGGGAACUUUUCGUACCCUGACCCAGAAUUUUUUGACUUUGAUAAGUGCAGGGAUGUCAAUCUGUUUGCAGUUGAUCAGAUAUGGGCACUUUAUGAUGACCUUGAUGGCAUGCCAAGAUAUUAUGCUAGAAUAAGACGUGUUGAUACUACCAACCUCAUAGUUCAGUUCACUUGGCUGGAGCAUGAUGCAGCGAACGAGGAAGAUGACAAAUGGACUGAUAAUGGACUGCCUGUGGCUUGUGGGAAUUUUUCCUUAGGAAAAACAGAGGUUUCACAAGAUCCCCUCAUGUUUUCUCACAUUGUUUCAUGGGCGAAAGGCAGAAAAAGGGGUUCUUAUGGAAUAUAUCCCAUUAAGGGUGAGAUCUGGGCUCUUUAUAAGGGCUGGAGUAUGCGGUGGAUCUCAGAGGCAGAUAAUCAUAGAUCCUAUGAAUACAAAGUCGUGGAGGUCCUUUCGAACUUCACAAUGGAAGCUGGUAUCACUGUUAUCCCCUUGGUCAAGGUUGAAGGUUUUGUGAGUCUGUUUGCAAAAGUAAAGGACAAAUCAUCAUUUAUUAUACCAUCAAGUGAACUACUUCGAUUCUCCCACAGUAUCCCAUUCUUCAGAACAAAGGGAAAUGAGAGGGUUGGUGUUCCAUGUGGAUUUCUUGAACUAGAUACCGCAUCACUUCCUAGUAACCUGGAUGUAGCAUUUCCAUCAGUUACUCUUGAUUCUUGCGUGCCUAUCAACAAGACAGUGAACAGCGGGUAUGUUGAUUUGACUGGCAAUAGUACACCUGGUCCUGGAAAUGAACAAAGUGCUCAAAUGGAAAAUCAGCGGAAUCGAGGAAAGCAGAAAAAUCAUUCCCUUGAAACUCCAACUCAGCAGCAUAGUGCGUGUUGUGCUAGUGUGUCUAGUUAUACCUCUAAGGAAGUCUGUUCCUCCCCCAGUUUUACAUAUCCAGACACGGUAUUCUAUAACUUUGAAGAAGGCCGAUCAUAUAAUAAGUUUGAACGAGGCCAGAUAUGGGCUCUUUACAGUGAUUUUGAUAAACUUCCCAAAUACUACGGUUGGGUUACCAAAGUUGAUAUAGAUCCAUUCCGAGUGCAUUUGACUUGGCUAGAAGCUUGCCCUCAAUUUGAGCAGAAGAUGUGGUUAGAGCAGGAGGUACCUGUGAGCUGUGGGACAUUUAAAAUCCAUAACUGGAGGAUUAAAUACGACACAAAUGAUGCAUUCUCUCAUGUAGUAGAAACAACCCAAGUUGGUUUGAAACGACACUUCGAAAUUUACCCACAAGUAGGGGAGAUUUGGGCCAUCUACAACAACUGGUCACCAGACUGGGUUCCUUCCGGCAAGGAUGCUUGUGAAUAUGCCAUUGGUGAGAUUACUGAGCGCACUGAAGCUAGCACGAAACUUUUAUUUCUCACUCAAGUAGAUGGUUACAGAACUGUGUUCAGGCCAGACAAUGAAAAGAGUAUUCUGGAGGUACCUAAAAAAGACUAUUUACGGUUUUCUCACCAGAUACCUUCUUUCCGUCUGACCAACGAAAAAGGUGGCAAGCUCCGUGGCUUCUGUGAGCUGGAUCCAGCUUCUAUUCCUGAUCCUUUCUUGACUGGGGGCACCAACUGACUUGCAGAGGUUGAAGUCGACUAUUCAAGAAACUAAGACUACAUUACUUCCCAUUACUUUUAAGUGUUGAUCUAUUUAACUAUGUGCUCUUCUGGACGUUCAUACGCCAUGCAACUGCGGUUUAAGAACCUCGCUAUAUAUUCCAGUUCAUGGGCUUCGCAGCACUCUUUAUUUUGUACUGAGCGUAAAUUUGUAUCUAAUGUUGGUAUUUGGU